AUGGCCGGUUUCCAUGUCUUCUCUCCACGGCCCUAUGGGGAACUCAGGGAACCCUGGCUCGGCGAAGAACCGGAGUUAGAGGCCCAGCUGGGCUGGCCUGAGCCGCCUCUAAGCUCCUGGACCCGGACCCCCAGUGUCGAGACCCAGACCAGAGCACCCUGGGUGCCCUCGAAGUGUUUGCCCACCGGACGGUCCCGCCGGCGCGGGGAUAUGCCCUCGCCUCGAGAAAGCCACAGCCUGACACAUGUGGCCCAGAGACCGUCGGACAGAGCCAAGAAGCACAGGUCCGGCAGCGGGUACCUGGAAGAAGCUUUCGGAGAGACAUCGACCAAGCCCAGCAGGAACUGGCAGCAGCAGCCUGACCAGCCCUGCCCGCGCUACCGUGUGGCCCGGGGAGGUUCGCCCCGGCAGAGCCCCAGGGAAGCUUUCAACCGCCAGAAUAUUGGAACUUUGCCUGCAGAGAAGACACCGAGUGCAGACCGGUGGGCGGUACCGGAGGGCAGACCUGUAGACCUCUGCUCGCCUCCCUCGGUUCUCACGGACAAAUCCUCUGUGCCCUCCUUGCUGGAGUUUCAGAAGCAGCCCUGUGUGUGCUCCCACAAGAGGGGUAGUGGCGACCGGAUCGAGACCUUAGCCAACCAGUACAGCCGGCCAUCUGCCUCCUUCAAAGAGCUGAGUAGCCAGCCCUCCCGGGUCCUCAAGAGCAAGCUGGACGAGGCGGUGAUUUCUUCCAGGGACCAGAAGAUCAUAGCCCUGGUGCUGAGCCGGCUCAGGAAGGCCCAGAGGAUCCGAGAGCUGCAGCAGCAGGCAGCAGUCGCCUGGGAAGAGCUGAAGCUCUCAGACCAGGAAGUCCACAUGACCCUGGAGAGAGAGUGCAGGCUGUUACUGCAACAGAGCCAGGAACAGUGGCAAGGACAGGAGGAACUGCACAAGCCUGGCGGGGGCCAGGAGCAGCCUCGGCAGGGCCAUGAACAACCGGGUUCGUGGCAGGACUGCCAGGCAAAGAACGCGGUGCAGACGGAAAGUAAGACUCAGUGGACGGUGCGACCUGACCACCAGGAGAACCCAGACCUGGACAAGCUGGACAGGGUGCAAGCACAGGCUGAGCACCUCAAGCAGUGUCAAGAGCAGCGUCUGCGGGAGCAGGAGAAGAUGCUGCAGAGUCUGCGGGACUUGAACAGGAUGCAGAUGGAGAAGAGACUGCAGGCGGCCUGUUGCAAAAGGCAGCAGCAUAUGGCGGAGGAGGUGGGGAACGAAAAGAAGGUCCAGGAGAGCAAUCUGAGCUCACUCAUCAACUUCCAGGCCCGCAGGGUUCUCAUGGACUGCCAGGCCAAAGCGGAGGAGCUCCUCAGGAAGCUGUCGCUGGAGCAGCGUGGCCAGCGCUUCCAGGACAUCCAAGAGAGUCUGGUUAGGGAGAGGCACCAAGAGCAGCAGGAAAAGGCCCAGAGUGAGGAGGAGCAGUUCCAGAGAGCGGGGUGGUGGCCUGCAGAGGAGGCAGAGGAGGAGAGCAAGCGGGUUCUGGCAGAGCUGGCUCAACAGAAGAUCAGACAGACCAGGAGUCAUGCACAGAAGACCACCAAGGACAGGGCGCACCACCUGAGGGAGCUAAACAUCCUGAGGGAGAAGAACCAUCACAUCACGAAGCUGAAAGCGGAGAAGGAGGAGAAGAGUCACAUUGAGGGCAUCAAAGAAGCCAUCAAGAAGAAGGAACAAAGGGUCGAGCAGAUGACCCCGAGGAAAGAUCCCAUCUUCCAGGAGUACCAGAAGGUUUCCCCAACCUCCAAGACAAACCAUUGCUUUGAUCCGAUGGCAGCGGAGGCCUACCUGCUCUAG